CCUGGAUUCCCGUCACCAAAAGGUACGGAACACCUCCCACUGCAACUCCCCUUCGACAUCAUUCACCCCCAAUUACGCCCUGUCGGCCCAUUGCAUCCCCUCAUGUUGCGAACGUCGAUUCGAUCCGUGAGGGUGCUCGGCCACAGGCCUGCGGCGGCCGUUGUUGGCCGCCAAUGGCAGGCCGCUGCCGCCCGCCAGAGGAGGCAUUUCGCAGACGACAAGAAGCCCGCUGUCGACCCUUCCAAACCCGCCGUCCUGCCGGCAUCAGAGACCAUCACCUCAGAGAAGAGCGCCGUCCCCGAGAUCUCCGCCGUCGAGCCGACCAUCCCCAAGCAAGAGGUUCCUCUCACGCCCCCGACUCCCGAUCCCGCGGUCGUUGUUCCCAACCUCGAGGCUGCCACUGCCGCUGCUCCUCCUCCGCCCGAGUCGCCCGCCGCUGCCGCGCCCAAGAAGAAGGGUUUCUUCCGCCGAUUGAGAAACCUCGUCUUGACCCUCGCCAUCCUCGGCGCCGUCGGCUUCGGAGGUGGUGUCUGGUACUCGCGCGUCAACGAUACCUUCCACGACUUCUUCACCGAAUAUAUUCCCUUUGGCGAGCAGGCCGUUCUCUACUUUGAGGAGGCAGACUUCCGCAAGCGAUUCCCCAACCUCUCCAACAAGAUCAAGGGAAGAGAUACCGGCAGCCAGGUCAAGAUCCCCGCCCAGAGCGGCGCGUCAUGGAGAGUAGCCGAUAACGGCGAGCCCGCCGGUCGUCAGUCGAGCGCUGUUGACAAGGCUGCUGCCAAGGUCGUCGCCGUCAAGGAGGAGGUGAGCAAGCCGGCCGAGAAGCCCAAGCCUGCGCCAGAGGCUCCCAAGGCUGCUCCUGAGCCCGCCAAGGAGACCAAGCCUGCUGCUGCUGCGCCCAAGGAGGACUCGAACGGAUUCAAGGCCCCCGAGGUUAACGAGCCUUCGCGAUUCCCUCCCAUUGCCCCGAUCGACGCCCUGAAGAUUGAAGAUGCCACCGAGCCCGUCGUCCAGGACCUCGUCCGCAUGCUCAACGACAUCAUCACCGUCAUCAACGCCGACAAGGCCCACGGCCGCUACUCUCCCACCAUUGCCAAGGCCAAGAGCGAGUUAAGCAAGGUCGGAGGCAAGAUCAAGGCCAUCAAGUCUUCGGUCGAGGAGAAGGCCGCUUCCGAGGUUGAGGCCAAGGUCGCCGACUUUGACAAGGCCGCUAACGACCUGAUUGCUCGCGUUGAGUCCGCCAUGGUCGCCCAGGAGACCCAGUGGAGAAAGGAUUUCGAGGACGAGAUGAAGAAGGUCAAGGAUGCCUACAACGAGCGCGUCAAGCUCCUGCUGGAGCGCGAGAAGCAGCUCAACGAGGAGCGUCUCAACAACCAGCUGCUUGAGCAGGCGCUCGCCUUGAAGAAGGAGUUCGUCGCUGAGGUGCAGGGCCACGUCGAGGCCGAGCGCGAGGGUCGCCUCGGCAAGCUCAACAACCUGUCGGCGGCCGUCCAGGACCUCGAGAAGUUGACGACGGGCUGGAACGAGGUUGUCGACACCAACCUCCGCACGCAGCAGCUCCACGUCGCCGUGGACGCCGUCCGCGCCAGCCUGGAGAACGCGACGACGCCCAAGCCGUUUACGCGCGAGCUCGUUGCGCUCAAGGAGAUUGCGGCCGAGGACCCCGUCGUCAACGCGGCCAUUGCCUCGAUCAACCCGUCGGCCUACCAGCGCGGUCUCUCCAACGCGGCACAGCUUAUCGACCGCUUCAGGAUAGUCGCCAACGAGGUGCGCAAGGCGUCCCUCCUGCCCGAAGAGGCCGGCGUCGCCAGCCACGCGUCAAGCUACCUUCUCAGCAAGGUCAUGUUCAAGAAGCAGGGCCUGGUCGGCGGCGACGACGUCGAGAGCAUCCUCACCCGCACGCAGACGCUGUUGGAGGAGGGUAACCUGGAUGCCGCGGCCCGUGAGAUGAACGGUCUGCAGGGCUGGGCGAAGACGCUGAGCAGAGACUGGCUCGGUGAGGUGAGGAAGGUUCUUGAGGUCCAGCAGGCUCUUGAUGUCAUUGCGACAGAAGCGCGUCUGCAGAGUCUCAAGGUAGAAUAAUGGACGGGAAACAUUUUUUCUUUUGUUCUAGUAUGAAAGGGGGGCUCUUCCAUGGGGAGAAUAUUUAGAAGACGGAGAGAGAGAGAGAGAGAGUGAGGAUAGCCUAGACCUCUGGUCUGUGUAAGACAUAGCCCAUAGACUUGAACGAAGGCAGUGUAUUUUAUCAAGUCUUUCUACUUGUGAUGUUCUGUACUUGUGACCCAGAGCGGUCUACCAUUUGCUGAGUUGAUUCGGUCGGGCCAUUACUGAACUUGGAAAGGAGCUUAUUGUAAACACACAUGGUCAACUAGUACCUAAGGUGAAUGGUAUAAAAACACGAAU